AUGUCGACAACCCACCCACCCCAGAUGCUGUUUUUCGAUACAUUCGGCACGGUAGUCGAGUGGCGCACAUGCGUCACCCAAGAGCUGAACACAGCCGCCCUGCAGGCUGUGAAAUCUCCCCGCAAGGGCCUCUCAGCCGACGUGCGGGACCGCGCAGCAGCCAUGACCUCGCACGACUGGCUAGCAUUUGCCGAACAAUGGCGGCAGUCUUACAGCAUUUUCACAGCGACAUUUGAUCCAUCAACUGAGUUCGUGUCGGUCGAUCAACAUCACUUUAAUGCUCUCCAAGACCUCCUUCAGAAACACAGCCUGGAUGGUCUGUUCACCGAUGAAGAGCGGUGGGAACUUGCUUUCAGCUGGCACCGACUUAGCCCAUGGCCGGAUAGUGUUCCUGGACUUGCACAGCUAAAUAAGAAGUUCCAGACUUCUACGCUGUCGAACGGUAAUGUCUCCUUGCUGCAGGAUCUACAGCGACAUGGCUCGUUGCCGUUCACGCAUUUGGUCAGUUCGGAGAAUUUUGGUGCUUAUAAGCCAUCGCCACUGGUUUAUAAUGGGGCUGCUAAGAAGUUCGGCUUGGAGUCUGGCCAGUGUGGGAUGGUUGCGGCCCACCUUGGUGAUCUGAAGGGGGCUAAGAGCUGUGGGCUUCAGACUAUCUAUGUUGAGCGUGAAUUCGAGGAGGCUUGGUCACCCGAGGAGAUUGCACAGGCCAAGGCUGAGGGGUGGGUUGAUAUGUGGAUUAACCUAAAGUCUGACGGCUUUCUGGAAGUUGCUAGGCGAUUUGGGAUCGAAUGA